AUAGCCACACAAGCAAACAGCUGAGCCACCAAUAGCUCAAUGGCCGCUCCAUUCAUUUCUUCUCCUAUUCCUAUCUUCACACUCGUACUGCUCUCAGCCUUCUCGGCUUUCUCUCCUAGUCCGACCACCGGCAGCGGGAGCCACACCGACCUUGCCGCGCUGCAAGCUUUUAAAGCCCAGCUCGCCGAUCCUCACCGUAUCCUUGCCCGCAAUUGGACCCCUAGCACAUCUUUCUGCCACUGGGUUGGUGUCUCGUGCAGCCGGCAUAGGCAACGCGUCACCGCUCUAUCCUUCAACGGUGUGCCUCUCGCUGGGUCUUUGGCGCCUCAUAUUGGUAACCUCUCUUUUCUUUCUGUCCUUAAUCUCACUCGCGCCAACCUCACGGGCUCCAUUCCAGCCGAACUUGGUAGGCUACAUCGUCUUAGGUAUCUCCGUCUCUCAAGAAAUAGCCUGUCAAAUGCUAUACCUACUUCCCUAGGGAACCUCACAAGGCUUGAGUACAUUGGUCUAUCUCUGAACAAACUAUGGGGGCAGAUACCUUUCGAGAUGUUGUUGCAUAUGCACAACCUUAAGGUGAUUGCUCUAGCUGCAAAUGACUUAACUGGUCAAAUUCCACCGUAUUUGUUCAAUAACACUCCUUCCUUGACGGGCAUAGAUUUUGGAAAUAAUAGCCUGUCAGGUCCUAUACCACACACCAUUGCAACUCUAUCUAUGCUUCGGUUCUUCAGCCUACAAAUUAAUCAAUUCUCUGGCCUAGUGCCACAAGCCAUUUACAACAUGUCUAGUCUACAAAUUAUGAUACUCACAGGAAAUGGUAACUUAACUGGAAUGUUUCCGAGGAAUCAAAGUUUCAAUCUCCCAAUGUUGCAACAAUUUUCGCUAGAUGAUAACAAUUUUUAUGGUCGAUUUCCAGUAGGGUUGGCAUCAUGCCAGCACCUACAGGUAAUUGAUCUAGGUGGAAAUUCCUUUGUGGAUGUUUUGCCAAGAUGGUUAGCCAAUUUGCCAUACCUUGAACAACUAUUCUUGGGUUUUAGUGGCCUCAUUGGUUCAAUCCCAGUUGCUCUUAGCAAUAUCACUAGUCUUACUGAUCUAGACAUCUCGAACGGAAACCUCACAGGAGAGAUUCCAUCAGAAUUAAGUCUUAUGCAUGAACUCUCGUAUAUGUACCUUGGAGGCAACCAAUUGACAGGUAAAAUUCCACCUUCCCUUGGAAACCUAUCCAAUUUGUAUUUCCUUGCUUUGGGAAGUAAUCAAUUGUCCGGUCAAGUACCAACAACAAUUGGAAAAAAUUCAGCUCUAAAUACACUUGAUUUGUCAAACAACAAUUUAGAUGGAAACCUAGACUUCUUAUCAUCUCUUUCCAAGUGCAGGGAACUUCAAAUCCUUGUGAUACAGUCUAAUUAUUUCACCGGCAUCCUCCAUGGUCAUAUGGGGAACCUCAGUUCACAGUUAAUCACUUUUGCUGCAGGAUACAACAAGUUAACAGGUGGAAUUCCUACAUCGAUCUCAAACAUAACAAACCUUCAACGGAUAGAUCUUAGUAACAACUUGUUCACCGAGCCAAUCUCAGAAUCCAUCACUUUGUUGGAGAAUCUGGUAUGGCUCGAUAUCUCUCACAAUGAAAUGUUAGGCCCUAUCCCAACACAAAUGGGUAAGCUUGGGAGCCUACAACGUUUGUUUCUCCAAGGAAACAAACUUUUAGGAUCUGUACCAAACAACUUUGGUAAUCUAAGUUCGUUAGAAUACGUCGACUUGUCCAAUAACCAUUUAAGUUCGAUGAUACCCAUGACCUUUUUUCACCUAGAUAAACUUAUCAAACUAGAUCUUUCUCAUAAUUGCUUCGUUGGUCCACUACCAACUGAUUUUUCUGGACUAAGACAAACAAAUUACAUGGACAUUUCUUCCAACUUCUUGAGAGGAAGCAUCCCAAAUUCAUUGGGAGAACUUAGUAUGCUAACCUACCUAAAUAUGUCACAUAACUCUUUCAAUAACUCAAUUCCAGGCCCAAUGGAAAAACUGAAAGGUUUAGCAUCGUUAGACCUCUCAUUCAACAAUCUCUCUGGCACAAUUCCCAUGUUCCUUGCCAACUUUACCUACUUGACAACCUUAAACCUCUCAUUCAAUAGUCUAGAAGGCCAAAUACCCCAGGGAGGUAUUUUCUUAAACCUCACCUCACAAUCUUUGAUUGGCAACGUCGGGCUAUGUGGGGCCACACACCUAAGAUUUCAGCCAUGCCUCUAUAGAUCUCCCUCAACUAAAAGACACUUGCUUAAAUUUCUACUCCCAACACUUGCAUUAGCUUUUGGCAUCAUAGCCCUUUUUUUAUUCCUAUGGACUCGAAAGGAACUUAAGAAAGGUGAUGAAAAAGCUAGCGUUGAACCAACAGAUGCCAUAGGGCAUCAAAUUGUCUCCUAUCAUGAGCUCAUCCGGGCCACCAAUAAUUUUAGUGAAGAUAGCAUCUUGGGAUCCGGAAGCUUUGGAAAAGUUUUCAAGGGAAGAUUGAAUAAUGGCUUGGUUGUGGCAAUAAAAGUUCUUGACAUGCAGCUAGAGCAGGCCAUCCGAAGUUUUGAUGUCGAGUGUCAAGUGUUUCGCAUGGUGCGACACCGCAACCUAAUAAAGAUACUCAACACAUGUUCCAACCUUGACUUCAGAGCACUAGUGCGCCAGUACAUGCCCAAUGGAAACUUAGAUAUACUCCUACACCAGUCUCAGAGUAUAGGGUGCUUAGGAUUUCUUGAAAGGUUGGGAAUCAUGCUUGAUGUGUCCAUGGCAAUGAAUUAUCUACACCAUGAGCACCACGAGUUGAUAUUGCAUUGUGACCUAAAACCUAGCAAUGUGUUGUUCGAUGAGGAGAUGACGGCACAUGUGGCGGACUUUGGGAUUGCAAGAUUGCUUCUGGAUGACAACUCCAUCACAAGUACAAGCAUGCCUGGAACAGUUGGGUACAUGGCACCAGAGUACGGGUUGCUUGGAAAAGCAUCACGGAAGAGCGAUGUGUAUAGUUACGGAAUCAUGAUCCUUGAAGUCUUCACUGGAAGGAGACCCAUCGAUGCUAUGUUCGGCGCACAACUAAACAUUAGGCAAUGGGUUCAUCAAGCAUUUCCUAAAGAGAUUGUCCAGGUCAUCGAUGGCCAGCUAUUGCAAGGCUCCUCUCUUUCUGGUUGUGGCUUGUACAAUGGCUUUCUUGAGUCGCUAUUUGAGCUAGGCUUGGCAUGCACCACUGACUCGCCUGACAAGAGAAUGACUAUGAGUAAUGUGGUUGUGAGGCUGAUGAAGAUCAAAGCCGAUUACACCAAACAUGCGACAAAGAUGUCACCUUAUGCUACAUAAUGAUCCCUCCCUCAUAUCAUAUAUAACUAUUGGUGGAUCUAUAUAUCAUUUUUCAUGCAUUUAGAAUAAAUAAACAUGUGCCUUUAGUGAUGGGGAUGAGCCAGUUGUAUCGUACACUUGCCAUGUAUAGAUAUUUUAUCAUGCCUUUCUUCUCUCGAACUAAGACUGGCAUUCUUGAUAGGUUAGAAGUUAGUUCUGAAUAAAGAACAUGACAAACACCAUUGGACAUUUCUCCCAGGGUAGCAAAGCUAUGAAAUUUUGUGUAUAUGUAUAGACGCAACAACAUGUCUUAUUCACUUAA